AUGGUCGCUGCUGCGGGCAUCAAUUUCUCGAUUGGCUUUGUACUCCUGGUCCUCAUUCUCUUCCGCGUGGGCGACGUUCAAGCAGCCAUCGGUGCUCCUACAGGGCAGCCAUAUAUUGCGAUCCUGCUUGACGCAACUGGAAGCGUAGACGGAACUUCGAUACUCAUCGCAUACAUCAUCGUUGCGUUGAUCUUUUGCUCGACCAAUGUGGUCACAACUAGCAGCCGCCAGCUCUUCUCGUUCGAGGUGUGCCGUUCUCCGGAUGGCUUUCGCGGGUGUCAGACAGGAAUCCUGUUGUCCCUCAUCCUGAUCGGCUCGAGCACGGCUUUCAACAACAUCGCAUCACUUUUCGGCGUCGCAUUGAUGGGAUCGUACAUUGUUUCGAUCAGCACUCUUGUCUAUCAGCGGCUAAAGGGCGGCAACCUACCACGAACAAGAUUCUCGCUGGGUAGAGUUGGCAUCUAUGUCAACCUUGUGUCGAUUGCUUUCGAUGCAUUCGUCUUUGUUGUGGUGAGAACCUUCCCGUGGUUUGUUACGCUUGAUGCUGACCUGUGUUGCUCCAAGACGUUCUUCCCGCCAGCACCGGAUCCUGAUCCUGCCAGCAUGAACUGGGCUUGCCUCAUCUUCGGCGCUGCGGUUAUCUUUGCGCUAGGAUUCUAUCGUUUGUCGAGCUACACGGCGCCGGUUGAGUCGGUUCGGCCCGAAGAAGAUCUCGUGCAAGUGAACGUAGAGAAUGAGGGAAGUGAGAAGGGCAUAGCUCGGGUGCAUGACUGCUGA